AUAAACAUAUGCUUGCCAACAACCAAUAAUAGUUUAUUAAAAGAAAAACCCGCCACUUUAACUACAUAUCCGUUAAAAAUAACAAAAGUUAAAAGUAUUACUAUUAUCAAUUGCAAAGUAUUACUACUAUCAAUGAUACUAAAUCAAAUAUUUUAUAAUGUCUAGUUAUGAUAAAGAAGUUGAAAAGUACCUUGGUUUCUUAGGAGUUUCCUGCAAAAACAAUUUCACUCGAAAUUGCUCAGUUACUCCUGGAAGAUUAAAGACGAAUGAAAAGACACCUCAAACUGGAACAAAAAUAAAACGUCCUUCUUCAGCAUGUGACUUUGUUGCUGUAUCGAAAACACCGUACAAAAACGAAUUUUUACUCAAAACUCCUACUAAAAAAACAAUAAUUAGUUCUCGAAAAAAAACUCCUUGCUCACAAAUACGAACUCCGUGUAAAACAUCUAAUUGCGACAGUGAUAGAUUCAUUCCAUCGCGUAAUCAGGCUCAUCUUUUGGAAAGUCACCAUAGAAUAAUUAAAUUUCAUGACAGUAGUGAUUUAGAACACACAAAAAAUAGUAUUAAUGAUAAAAGCAUCAGAAAUCAAGAAAAUAGAAAAUAUAAACAAAGCUUAUCAGAAAAUUUCAGCCAAUUACUAGGGGAUGUUAAUGAAAAAAAAAUCUUACAGUUUUGUUCACCAGUUAAAAAAACACCAAGUAAAGUAAGCACAUGUUCUUCUGUAAACUCUUCUAAAAGGAAAAAGUUGAGAUAUAUUCCACAGUCUGCUGAACGAAUACUAGAUGCUCCAAAUUAUUUAAAUGACUACUAUCUAAAUUUGUUACAUUGGAGUACUAGUAUUGAUUUAGUAGCUGUAGCACUUGAACAAUCGGUCUACAUAUGGACUCCCCUUACUGGAGACAUUUCUCAUCUAUGCCAGUUAAAUGAGUCAGGAGAUUAUGUUUCAUCAGUUCAAUGGGUAGAAGAAGGUCCAACUAUUGCCAUAGGAACAGCUUCUGGUGCCAUACAGAUAUGGGAUAUAAAUCAUAAAAAGCGGAUACGGCAAAUGGUAGCUCAUUCUUCUCGUAUUGGCGUACUUUCAUGGAGAAGUCAUAUUUUAACAAGUGGUUGUAGAAGUGGCUCAAUAUAUAAUCACGAUGUUCGAAUUGCCGAACACCAUAUUAGUUCCUACUUUUCUCAUCAACAAGAAGUUUGUGGGCUGCAAUGGUCACAAAAUGGAAGAUAUUUAGCCAGUGGAUGUAAUAGUAAUAUGCUUUUGGUAUGGGAUUUUAAUGCUGUAGGUAGACCUGAACCUCUGCAUCGUUUUAAUCAACAUCAAGCUGCAGUAAAAGCCGUUUCUUGGUGUCCUUGGCAACAACAGAUCUUAGCUUCAGGAGGUGGUGCUGCAGAUAAAUGCAUCCGGUUUUGGAAUAUUAACUCUGGAAGUUGCCUAAAUACAGUUGAGACUGAAUCCCAGGUUUCUUCUAUCUUAUGGAACGAAGAAUAUAGAGAAUUAAUUAGUGGGCAUGGUCAUCCAAAUAAUCAGCUUACUAUAUGGGAAUACCCAAACAUGAGGCGACAAAUAAACCUCCUUGGUCAUAGUAGUCGCAUUUUGCAACUUACUAUGUCUCCUGAUCAUACAAAAGUCAUGUCUGCAGCUGGUGAUGAGACUUUAAGACUGUGGAGUUGCUUUCAAACAUCAAAUACAGGAGUAAAUAAAAAAUCAAAACCAUCACCAUCAGAAAGUAUUCUUUCUAUGACUCAGAUUAGAUGACAUUUAUGUUGAUGAUGGCAUUGGAUAAUUUUUUAUCUUUUUUAUUCUCUUUUAUGCCUCACCUAUUUGCAUUCAUUUGAUUAUUUAUCAUCCAAGUAAUUGAGUAGAUUUAUUUCUUUUAUUAUUGUAAAUACCUUAGUGAAUUAUUUUUGUAAAAUUUGUAUAAAUCAUUUAUUAUAUAAUCUACUCAAUAUAUAAA